AUGGCCGAUAACUUGAAUACUCGUACGAUACAGUCACCCGGGGCAGGACCAAGUCGACCUCGACCUCCCGACAUCUCUGUUCCGCCUUCACAUCUCCCCAUCGCACCCCUAGGCGUACGUCCCCGGACUCCUACACGCGCUUCGACCAGUGUCUAUGAACAGUCUGAACUUGGCUCUUAUCUACAUCCCAACGCUGCCAGAGCUACGACUCCGACGGGCAAGAAUGGUGCCGAAUCAAAUAGAGGGAGAAGAGGGUCAGCUGGCUCGAUUGCGUCUAUCACUUCAAAAAUUACAGAUCCAGGACGAGGCUUCUUCUUUGUUCACUCUAUUUGGCGAACGGACAUCAUCACAUUUUGCAGCCAUGUACGCGCCGAUCCCUCAUUAAGCAACGCCCGUAUCACCCACGUUCAGGCCCGCAAAUCUCGUCGCCUGCCAUUUAUGCACGAGUACCUGCUCAUAUUCUUUACCUCUGCCAAUUCGCAGCGCUUUGUCAUGCGUAUUGACCGUCUUGGAAAAGUCAGUCUGGGAUCUACAAGUGGGAACUCGGAGCUUGCGACGGAUGCGGGUGCGGGUAAUGCGAUUCAAGAAGUGGGGAUAUAUCAUCUUCAAGAUUCUCAGCAUGGUAUUGAGACUACUGCCAACGCCCCUUGGCUUGCAAUGGAUGGAGCCUGGGGGUCUCACCCGCUUGUUACGCUUGUUGCUUGGGACAAACUGAGCGAGGACAACAAGCAAGCGUCACAUCACGUACAGACCGCAGUUUUUGGAAUGAUAGAGUAUCCGAGACUGAAGGAUGUGUCCGGAUUGUUAGAGGGGAUCCUACUUGAAAUGCCCAAUUACCAUCUCACAACGGCUAAUUGUUACCUCAUGACUCGAUCUUCGCUUAUACUCCUACAUCGCUGCUACCCUGCUGCGUUUGCUUGUUACCUUGGCCCGCCGUCGGGUGAAAUGAUUUCUCCGUCUCUUUUAGCCGAACCUGUAUGGGCCGGGCUACUUCGAUGGUACUUGCCGUUCGUGGUGGUAUUCUUUUUCGCCUACAUUCCCUUGGUCAUCCUCCUUCAUGGGUUCCUGUGGACCAGCCUCAUGUGCUUUGGGUCUUGCGACCAGGGCUCUCGGGCGCUAACCGCCGUGGCGUAUGCUGUCCAUUCGAUUGUGGACGUUCCACUCCCUAUCGGGAUCAUUCAUAGCUACAUGACUUCGCUCGAGGUGCAGACCAAUCGGCUGGUGGUGAAUAUUUCUACGCAGUUUUUCAGAAUACGCAACCCACAGGUCGAGUCGGUCCCUGCUUCAACUUCAAGAAAGCCAUUCGCUACGCUCAUCGAUGACGCCUGGCUCGUCCUCAUUGGCUGGAUCGUGCUCGGCACCUCAUGUGGAAUCUUAUUAUUCAUCUCGGCUGCAGCCGAUUACGGAGCCCUGGCGGUAUUCGUCAUCCUUCUCAUUGCCUCCAUCUGGUUCAACUUCAGGUACGGGAGCGAUGGCGCAGCGGAUAUUGUACUGGACCAGAGCGGCGACUUGGACAAUUUCUUCGGGCCACCGCCGGCUAUUGAGUUGCCUUCGUUUGCAUAG